AUGGCACACUUAUCAAUAGUUUUAAUUUUUUCAAUAAUUUUUCUCACAUCUUAUUCAUAUUGUCAACAAUGCGAACAAAGUUCGGAUGUAGCGCGCUUCGAUUGUUACCCGGAAAGUGGUGCAUCACAAGAUAAAUGUCUCGCAAGACAUUGCUGUUGGAGAGCACCUCUUACAAAAACGAAUUCAACUACAAAACAUCCGAAUAAUUUCACAGAUGUUAAUAUACCGUAUUGCUACUAUCCGAAAGAUUUUGGAACAUAUUUUGUACAAAAAACUGAGCAAACAGAUUUUGGUCAACGAAUACAACUGAAUAAAUCCGACACAGCAUAUAUGCCGCAUGAUAUAGCAGGUUUAACUGUUGAUCUUAUCUAUGAAACUGAACAACGAUUUCGCAUUCGAAUAUAUGAUUCGAUUUAUAGACGAUAUGAAGUGCCAUUGAAAGUUCCAGUUAUUGAAAAGAAAGCUAAUAUGACAGAUUAUGAAGUUAAAAUUACCGAAAAGCCAUUUUCGAUACUUGUGACACGAAAGUCAACAGGUGUUAUUCUAUUUGAUUCAAGUGUAUCACCACUGAUAUUUGCCGAUCAAUUCAUUAAGUUUUCUACACGUUUAUCCAGUCCAUUAGUUUAUGGUCUCGGCGAACAUCGACAAUCAUUAGUAAUGAAUGUUACUGAACAAUGGAAAAAACUGACAUUUUGGUCACGUGACUUUCCACCAGUACAAAAUACAAAUCUCUAUGGUGUGCAUCCAUUUCAUCUUAAUCCUGAAUUUGAUAAAAAUGAAGAAGUCAAUUUUCAUGGACAAUUUCUUCUUAAUUCAAAUGGAAUGGAUAUCGAUCUUCAACCGCUACCAGCAAUAACCUAUACAACAAUUGGUGGAAUUAUUGAUUUAUACAUUUUCACUGGACCCACAGCACAAGAUGUUAUUGAACAAUAUUGGGAUAUUAUUGGAAAUCCAAUCAUGCCACCAUUUUGGUCUUUAGGAUUUCAUCUUUGUCGAUAUGGAUAUAAUACUAUCGAAAACUUGUUAGAAACUAUUCAAAGAAUGCAUGAUGCUGAUUUUCCAUUUGAUGUUCAAUGGACGGAUAUUGAUACGAUGUCAUCUUAUCUUGAUUUUACAUAUGAUCAAAAGAAUUUUCAUGGCCUUGCUGAUCUUGUGCGUGCCUUGCAAUCAGAUGGAAAGCAUUAUGUUAAUAUUAUUGAUCCGGGUAUUAGUUCAGUUCAGCCUUCAGGCAGUUAUUCACCCUAUGAUGAUGGAGUAAAAAAAGGAAUUUUUAUAACAAAAUUUAAUUCAACAGAAAUAAUUACUGGAAAAGUUUGGCCUGGUGUAACAGCGUUUCCUGAUUUUACAAAUCCAAAUUCUAUUGAAUGGUGGACUAAUGUAGCUUCAGCAUAUCAUGAUAUUGUUCCUUUUGAUGGAAUGUGGAUUGAUAUGAACGAACCAUCGAAUUUUGUUGAUGGAUCAAUGGACGGAUGUACAAGUAAUAAUUUAGAUAAUCCGCCAUUUGUUCCUAAUGUGCUUGGUGGUACUCUUUAUUCAAAAACAUUAUGUCCAUCUGCUCAACAGUAUCUUUCAUCUCAUUAUAAUUUACACAAUAUGUUUGGUUAUUUCGAAUCUAUGGCAUCGAAUGCAGCCUUGAAAACAAUUCGAAAGAAACGCCCAUUUGUUUUAACACGUUCAUCAUAUGCUGGUUCCGGUCAAUACACUGCUCACUGGACUGGUGAUAAUCGAGCUACAUUCGACGAUAUGUAUUUUUCUAUUCCGGCUAUUCUUAGUUUUAAUAUGUUUGGUAUUACACAUGUCGGUGCGGAUAUUUGUGGAUUUGGCCUCGAUACAACUGAAGAAUUAUGUACACGAUGGAUGCAACUUGGUGCUUUUUAUCCAUUUAUGAGAAAUCACAAUGAUCUAGGACAAAAAGAUCAAGAUCCAGCCUCAUUUUCAUGGGAAGCUCAACAAAUAAUGAAACAAGCAUUACUUAUGCGAUAUGCAUUAGUUCCAUUUUGGUAUACUCUUCACCACGAAGCAGCUAUUAUAUCAAGAACAAUAGUACAACCAGUUUUCUUUGAAUUUCCAGAUGAAGCAAAUACUUAUAAUAUUGAUCAACAAUUUUUGAUUGGUCGUGCCAUUCUUGUUUCUCCAAAUCUAAAAGCAGGAGCGACUUCUGUUCAUGUAUACAUACCAUCAGAUGUUUGGUAUGAAUUUCCGUCAGGCGUAAAAGUACCAAACGUCGGAGUCUAUAUGGAUUUAGACGCUCCAUUAUCAAAAAUAAAUGCUCAUGUACGUGGUGGUUUUAUUAUUCCUAUGCAGACGCCUGGUGCUAAUUUAAUGAUUGGGCGUGGUAAUCCAUUCACGUUACUUAUUGCUCAAUCUCAAUGGGGUAAUGCAAGUGGCAAUCUUUUCUGGGACGACGGAGACUCAAUUGAUUCAAUUGAAACAAAAACCUAUAAUUAUCUUGAAUUUUCAUUAACCAAUGCUAACACAGUAACUAUAAAUGCGUUCGUUACAAAUUACAAAGAUUCACCAAUGCGUUUGGACAUUGUGAAAGUUCUCGGAGUAAAUAAACCAGUCAAUAGUGUUAAUGUUAAUGGUAAAACUUACAAAAGUUUUCUUUACAAUAUUCCCGAUCAAAUUCUACUCGUGUAUGGACUCGAUUUAGACAUGAUAGCUCAAGCAAACCAAGUCAUUGAAUGGACUUUCACAAAUUAA